AACGGUUUUUUAGUAUCAAAGUAACGACGUUAGUGUUUACGUUAAUCAUUUAAUUUUAUUCUGUGAUAACAAUAAUUGUGUAUAAAACAGCAUGAAUCCAUCAUCGUCCUCGAUGUCAUCCAAUAAUGUGAAAGUCAAUUCAAAAAGGAGAAAUCCCCCAGCCGUUAAGCAAACGUUAACCAGUUACAAACGAAUGUUAAAAGCGAAUCCAUUAUUGGCGUAUCAAAUCGAAGGUAAACCUCUCCCUACAACUGUAAAAGAUGUCAAAUUUAAUGCUCCCAUUGACAAGCCACCGCACAUUCUUGAACAUGACAAAAAAAGAGAUAAUGUGAAUAUGGAUGAAACUGCAUCUAUCAGAAGCAGAUAUCCUAAUUACUUGAAAUCUUCAAACAGGACCAUUAAUGAACGUUCACAACACCAAAAACCAACUUUAAUAAGAAAGCAUAAGUCAGUUCUAGAUAUAAAACGACAACCAUUGCAUUGUAAAAAUGUACCACUGAGAAAGUCUGUAUCGGCAGAAAAUUUAACUGAACAAAAAUGUACAGAUUUGAAUAAUACAAGUACUCUGAUGAAUUAUCCACAUCAGCAGUCAGAUAAGCGUUGCAAGACUCCUAACAAAACAGAAAUUUCCACUGGCAUACAUUUUAAAACACCUUCGGCAUACAAAAGAAGAAGCAUUAGUUUUAAAACACCGUCAUCAGCAUGUUCUAUAAUCUCUCAUAGAACAUCGACACCAAAACUUCCAACCCAUGCAGAACUACAAAGGAGAUUAAAUGAUUGGCUAGUUAAGAGAGGUAAAUGUCCAAGCAGUUACACAAAUUUAAAGGCUUUUAGUUCUUGGGGAAUACAGGAAACUGAUGAAGAAAAUAAAGGAAAUGUUGAAGGUGAAGGAAUCCCAGAAAAUGGAAGCUAUGAAGACUUAAGAAUUCCUCAAAGAGAAAAGGAAGAUAUUAAAGAAAAUAUAAAUGUUGCAAGAGAUGCUUUGAGUGAUCUUCUUACUUUAAUUACAGAGGGGUAUAAUUUGGAUCAAUGUGAAAAUUGGUUGAGUGUAAUUAGGGAGAAAUACCAACAUUUGGAGAGGGAACCACAGUUCUGGGAAUGUAGGGCUGCUAUUGAACAAAACAGGGGAAAUAUUGGCCAAGCAGUUGAAUGUUUACAGACAGCUAUUACUAAUGGAGCAGAGGUAACAUCAGUGGACCAGUCACUUGAUAAUCUCCUUGAGAAAUUUUGUAUGUUAAAUAUAAGUACAGAUUUGCCACAAGAAAAACCAGACAGAUCAAAAAUGAAACGUGAUGCCAUAAAAGUAUUUAAAUCUACUAUUAUACAAUUUGCGAUUCAUCAGAGAAAUCAAAAGAAGACUGACAAUAAAAACGACCCAACAAAUUUGAUUGCAACUCCUGUAAGAAGAAGUUCUAGGCUAUCAAUGUCCAAAUCCAAUUACGCAACGUCUUCAGGAAUUCAACUUUGUACAUCGCUAAAAGAGUUAGAUGAAAACGUUCGUCAAAAUUUAGAUUUUAAACCAAAUAAUGCUCUUAUUUAAAGCAUGUUUGGGAGUAAUAACUUACUUUGUAUAUCAAAAUUUCAGUAGCAUGUGCCUGUAUAAUUUUAAUUUAUUAUUGUAAUAUUUUAUAUAUAUUUUCUUAAUAAAUAAUAAACGGUUAACUUUUA